AUGGUGUCGGACUCGGAGCUGGUGGAGCGGCUGCGGGAGGUGCUGCGGGAGUCGGACCUCACCACCACCACCACCAGCGCCCUGCGCCGCCGCCUCGAGGAGGACUUCGGCGUCGACCUCUCCGACAAGAAGACCUUCGUCCGGGAGCAGGUCGACCUCCUGCUCUCCGAGUUCGCCGACAAGGCCGAGCCCGAGGAUGCGCCCGCGGAGGAGGAGGAUCCGGAGGAGGUGACGCCGGAGGCCGGAGAAGGAGGGGAGGAGAAGGGCGAGGGGGAGGAGGAGGGGGCCGAGCAGCAGGAGGGGGAGGAGGAAGAAGAGGAGGAAGAGGAGGAGGAGGAGGAGGAAGACGAGGAGAGUGGCGGCGGCCGGAAGAAGAAGCGGCGGAUAUACGUCGGCACUGUGCAUUCGCGUGUGAUAUCUUUGCCCGAACAGUGGUUGGGUGACGGCAAGAAAAAGGCUGGUGGCUUUACAAAGUUAUGCAGCAUUUCCCCAGCACUUCAAGAGUUUGUCGGUGCCUCUGAGUGUGCCAGGACAGAGGUUGUCAAGAAGCUUUGGGCAUAUAUUCGAGAAAAUAAUUUGCAAGACCCAAGCAAUAGGAGGAAGAUUCUUUGUGAUGAGAAUCUGAAGAAGAUUUUUAACGUCAAUUCGAUUGAUAUGUUCCAAAUGAAUAAAGCUUUGACCAGGCACAUUUGGCCAUUGGAUUCUGAUGGUCCCGUCUCACCAAAGAAAUCGACACCCAAGGAGAAGUCGACACCCAAGGAGAAGUCGACACCCAAAGGGAAGCCUCAAAAGAGAGACAGAAGUGAAGGAAACAAGCAAAAAGGUGGAUCAUCUGGGUCUACUUCUGGUCUUCUUGCGCCCCUUGUACUUUCGGAUGAUUUAGCAAAAUUUAUCGGCACUGGUGAGAGUAUGUUGUCACGAUCUGAUGUUGUGAAGAGAAUGUGGGAUUAUAUAAAAGAGAAUAACUUACAGGAUCCUUCUGACCGGAGGAAAAUAAUCUGCGACGAGAAGCUGAAGGAUCUAUUCCAAGUUGAAUCAUUCACUGGAUUCACGGUGUCGAAGCUGCUGAACCCCCAUUUUACAAAGGCAAAGUAG